GAAGCCGAGGCGGGCGCGGGGCGUAGCCGGUCCCCGCCCGACCAUGGCUCUGGUGCAGCCGGGCCCUCUCAAAGUCUUCCGGGGCUGGCCGGGCCGGGCCAGUUCCUUCCGCUUUCUCUCGCGGCCGGAGAACGCAGAAAGAGAAGUAGCCGAGCAUAAAACGUGGAGCUUUUGGUGAACAAGGAGUACAAGGAAAGAGACAAUGUCUUCUGAAGCAGUCCAAGAGAAAAGUCAGACACCUCCAAUAAAGCAAUCUAAAUGGCCAAUGUUCUUUUGCCCCACCUCCCAAAUUCAAGAUGCUGGAGAAUUUGCAAGGAUCCGUAAGGAAUGCAAACAGGAAAGUUUCUGGUACAGAGCUCUUCCUUUGUCUCUCGGGAGCAUGCUUGUCACCCAGGGGCUAAUCUCAAAAGGCAGUUUCUCAGCAAGCCCAAGAUUUGGUCCAUAUCCCAAGAUGGCAAUUGCUGGUAUCUUAGGUUUUGCUAUUGGAAAGAUAUCAUACUUUGGAGAAUGCCAAAAAAAGUUUGAGAAAAGUGGCAUUGCACCAUUUGGUCCACAACGAAAAAGGCAGUGUCAUCAUGCUUGCAAGGAAUGUAAAGCUAAAGUGGGAUCGAGUGAGAAAGAAGGUUCAGUUCCUUCAGCAUCUUAGUCCAGAUGUGGUGAAGACGAUAAAGAUCUUAUGGACCAGCUUCUUUCAAGGCACUUUUCUGUAGAGAAGAAAUAAUAAUUUGGUGAUUCUAUGACUUUGAUUUGGUGUAAAUUGACUUACUUCAAGUAGUUGCAUAUUGUAAAAUAGUUCUAUUCAUGCUAAAUACCAGUUUCUUGUAAUGCACUUUUUGAAAUACACUCCUCUUUUCUCAACA